UAUAUAUAUAUAUAUGUAUAUAUCUGUUUGUCCUCAAAUUAAAGAAGCAAGCAUUAAGUAGAAGAUUCUCUCCUCUUCCUUUAGCUAGGGUUAGCUGCAUGUGCCAGCAUGUGCUGUGUCUUCCAUUCAUGGCCAUGGCCCCAUCCUUCAUUCAUUCUUCAAAUUAAAUAGAUUUCCGAUCCCUCUUACCCUUCUGCAAUUUCCUCCUCUCAUCAUUCAUCUCUCUUUCUCUCUCUCUCUCUCUCUACCUCUCCCUCUCUCUGAAAUUUUGUUUGUUUUUGGAUUAUCAGAAGUUUCUUCACAGGUUAAUUGCAGCUCUGUCAUGACAAGAUCAAUGCAUAAUUCAUCAGCAUUUGUAAAGCAAGAUUUCCUCAAGAAAUGGCUAAAUUGUCUCAAAAUAUACAACAAAUUCAAAACAAAAAUGACCAUUUUGGAAAGGAAAAGAGCGAUAAAACUAUCCGCGGACAUGGCCAUUGCUUCCACAAGAAACCCGACCACUCAUUGGAGCCGCGCAACAAUGGCCGGUGCUACAAUGGAAAAACACAUAUUAACAAGCGAGGAAAUUAGCAAGAAUGUCUCGACAAACAAUUAUAAAUGUAAGAAUAAUAAGAAUUUCCAAAGAACUCGAGGUAUUCUAACAUGCGCUUGUAAGAAGGUGAAAUCAAGGCGGAGAGUGGUACCCCGGAGAAUGAAAUCGGUCCUUCGGGCCCGAAAAGUUGUGAAGAAUCGAACCCUUGUGCUUAAAGGACUUGUACCGGGUGGACAUGACAUGGAUGAAGUUUGUUUGAUUAAAGAAACCCUAGAUUAUGUUGCUUCACUUAGGGUUCAAGUGGAUGUAAUGAGACACAUUGCUGCUGCUGUUGUAGCUACAAAGGGUUUGGAUACUCAAGAAAUUAUUGAUUAGGUCUUUUUAAUAAUAUUUUAUGUCAUUCAUUUAACAGUUUGUUGUGUUAGAAAUAUUUGAUGUCUUUGGAAAUUUGUGUUUGUUUAGAUGAUUUAGGAAGUUAGAUAUGCAAUAGAAGAAUGUAGUUAAUUAUGAAUGUACAUAUGAAGAAUUGGUGUUUUUAAAUCUUGUUGGUUGGGUACCAUUGCAUGUAUUGAAUAAGCCUACACGCAUUUUGGGGUCUAGUUUGUUUAUGGGUUUUGGAG